AUGUCCAAACGGAGUUGGUGGGCUGGCUCCAGACAGCCCCCAAGAGAGACGCUGAAACUCUCAGGCUCAUACCCGGGCUCUGACUCCAGCCAAAGCAUGAAUGGCCUUGAAGUGGCCCCCUCAGGUCUGAUCACCAACUUCUCCCUGGCCACGGCAGAGCAAUGUGGCCAGGAGACGCCACUGGAGAACAUGCUGUUCGCCUCCUUCUACCUCCUGGAUUUUAUCCUGGCUUUCGUUGGCAAUACCCUGGCUCUGUGGCUUUUCAUCCGAGACCACAAGUCCGGGACCCCGGCCAACGUGUUCCUGAUGCAUCUGGCCGUGGCCGACUUGUCGUGCGUACUGGUCCUGCCCACCCGCCUGGUCUACCACUUCUCUGGGAACCACUGGCCGUUUGGAGAAAUCGCGUGCCGUCUCACCGGCUUCCUCUUCUACCUCAACAUGUACGCCAGCAUCUACUUCCUCACCUGCAUCAGCGCCGACCGCUUCCUGGCCAUCGUGCACCCGGUCAAGUCCCUCAAGCUCCGCAGGCCCCUCUACGCACACCUGGCCUGUGCCUUCCUGUGGGUGGUGGUGGCCGUGGCCAUGGCCCCGCUGCUGGUGAACCAGCAGACCGUGCAGACCAACCACACGGUGGUGUGUCUGCAGCUGUACCGGGAGAAGGCCUCCCACCACGCCCUGGUGUCCCUGGCCGUGGCCUUCACCUUCCCGUUCGUCACCACGGUCACCUGCUACCUGCUGAUCAUCCGCAGCCUGCGGCAGGGCCUGCGUGUGGAGAAGCGCCUCAAGAGCAAGGCGGUGCGCAUGAUCGCCAUCGUGCUGGCCAUCUUCCUGGUCUGCUUCGUGCCCUACCACGUCAACCGCUCCGUCUAUGUGCUGCACUACCGCAGCGGUGGGACCUCCUGUGCCACCCAGCGCGUCCUGGCCCUGGGAAACCGCAUCACCUCCUGCCUCACCAGCCUCAACGGGGCGCUCGACCCCAUCAUGUAUUUCUUUGUGGCUGAGAAGUUCCGCCAUGCCCUGUGCAACUUGCUCUGUGGCAAAAGGCUCAAGGGCCCGCCCCCCAGCUUCGAAGGUAAAACUAACGAAAGCUCGCUGAGUGCCAAGUCAGAGUUGUGAGCGGGGGGCGCCGUCCAGGCUGAGCGCAGACUGUUUAGGACUCAGCAGACUCAGCAAGAGGCAUCUGCCGUUUCCCCAGCCACCUCCCCAACAGGCAACCUGAAAUCUCAGCAGAUGCCCACCGUUUCUCUAGACCGCCUCGUCUCAACCCCUGAAAAGGGAGAACUGACGAAGGGGAUCCAUCGGCCACCCCUCUGCAGGGGCUUGUGAUGCUUACAAAGGCUCCUAGACACUCAACGACUUCAUCCAUGGCAGGGAGAGAAGAGGCCGGAAGAACAACCCCUGAACAAUGGAUGCCUUUCUUUCCCACUAGGCUCCCAGCCUCCUUCCUGCUACAGAAUCGCUCAGCAACCAGGCUCUGCAGAAAGACCCGAAAGGCAGGCUGCAAAUGACCCAGAAGAGGGACCUGGGAGUCCUGGCGGGGGCGGGGAGGGAGUCUCAAUAUUCCUUUGCAGUGCAAGGUACCCUGAGUCCCCUCUGUGGUGGCUCUGCCAGACACACACUGCCUGAGUUGAAGGGACACAGGCCAUACAUUUCAGGCUGGUUGCCAGGGGACCUCAGCACUCACGGCCUGCAGGGACUGAGCACAGCUCUGGAUUCUGGAUCUCUCCUGCUGUAACCCCACGCACAGGCCUGCAACCCCCAGAGCUCUUUGGCAGGCUCCCAGUCCUGGACAAGCAUGUCCUGUGUAGUCAUGGGAGCUCAGGUCAGGCCAGGGCUGCGCUGCGCACCUGCCUCCCACUGACCCAGACCCCCUUCCUCCAGAGAGGCCUCUCUCUGCCUGAGCUAUUUCCCUUGCUCGCGUGCAGGUAUUUCCCUAACAUGUCCUUUGUAUUUGUACAGACCAUAAACACAACUGUAGCUUUAAGACUACA